UCCACCUAGUCUAGUGCUAUAAUGUAAAAGUUAUCUUUGAAAAUAAAAAAAUAAACCGAUGAAAAGCAGCACAAUGCUGCAGAUCGGCGAAUGAUGAAUACGACCUCUGUCAUUUAUUUGCUUCUUUUUAUGUUGUAUACCGGAACUUUAUAAAACGAUUGAAAAUGUUACCCAAAGAUACGAUAUUACUGUUUUUUAUCCUGAUAUGCGUUAUGGUAGGAGAAACAAGCCGUCCAAAUAUUGUCUUCAUUAUAGCGGAUGACAUGGGUUGGGAUGACGUAAGUUUCCACGGGUCGGAUCAAAUUUUGACGCCCAAUAUAGACCUUCUGGCGUAUACCGGGGUCGCAUUUGAGCGGUAUUACAGCCACUGUAUCUGCACACCCUCACGCUCCGCUCUGCUCACCGGAAAAUUCGCACAUGUUACAGGUAUGCAGGGUUAUCCCCUAACGAAUGGUGAGGACAGAGCGUUGCCGGUAACUGAGAAGAUUUUGCCACAAUACUUGAAGGAAAAUGGCUACGCUACGCAUUUAGUGGGUAAAUGGCAUGUUGGGCAAUCGCGUGUCGAGUAUUUGCCCACAUCGAGAGGUUUUGACUCGCAUUUUGGUCACAGAGGUGGCUAUAUAGAUUAUUACGAAUACGAUCUAGUGGAAACGUGGAACAUCGGAGAUGUUUCCGGAUACGACCUGUUCCGGAAUUUAUCAGCCGCUUGGGACGUCAAAGGAUAUAUAACGGACGUUUACAAUGAAGAAGCGAAAUCAAUUAUUAGAUCUCAUGACGUUUCUAAGCCGCUGUUUUUGAUGGUGGCUCACAAUGCACCCCACGCAGGGAAUGACCAAGCACCAUUGCAGGCUCCAUCCGAGGUAGUGCGUACUAUGCGACAUAUAGAGCUGCCUCAACGUCGGUACUAUGCUGCAAUGGUAAAGAAACUUGACGACAGUGUCGGAGAUAUCCUUGGAGCAUUAUUAGAAAAAGGCAUUCUUGAAAACACCAUAAUAGCCUUUGUCUCUGACAAUGGUGGCAUGACGGUUUCAAAUUAUGCUUCUAAUUGGCCUUUGAGAGGUCUUAAAAUGAGUCCCUUCGAAGGAGGCAUCAGAGUUAACGGGCUGAUUUGGAGUAAGAAUUUAACACAAGGACGACAUUUAUGGAAAGGCUACAUGCAUGUAACGGAUUGGUUGCCAACACUUUUAAGUGCAGUUUCAAUUGAACCACCAAAAAACAUAGAUGGGAUUGAUUUAUGGGAAAGUAUUAUAUCAAAUGGUGAAUCUAAAAGAGAUUUGAUAGUCGAAAUCGAUGACUAUACAGGGUUUGCUUACAUUAUAAGUGGUGAUUUUAAACUAAUAACUGGUGAAGUUAUGAAAAAUAUCAGUGAUUUUCAAGGUCAUAAAUAUAAAGGUAUACUUGAAAAUGGAUUACCUGCGUAUAAGGAUAGUAUUGAAAAAAGUGUAAUGUAUUCAGUACUUUCAAGUCUAGAUAUACCUUUUAAAUAUACAGAUACCAAUCUUAGAAAGGACAUUAAGCUUUCCUGCAAUUUCCAAACGGCUAAAACACUUUGUUAUCCUGGAAAUGGUACUGUAUGUUUGUAUAAUAUCAGAGACGACCCGUGUGAAAUCACAGAUGUAUCGUCAAGCAAUCCAGAUAUUGUUGAAAAAUUAAAUGCACGUUUGCAGAUAGAAUUCAAAAGGACUAUACCUAGAACAGUACCUCACGAAUCGAACAUAAACGCUUUACCUUGUUCGCAUAACUACACGUGGGAUGUAUGGCGCAUAUCAAAAAAAGAUGAUUGAGAACGAAUGAAAUAAAUCAAGUAUAAUCCGACAAAAAUAAAUUUAUCACGAGGGUUUUCUAAAUACUCUUCUACAAUAUUUUUUGGAAGAUAUUAUUGAAGUGAGAUUGUGACAAAAUUGUUCGCUACAGCAUUGAAGAAAAAUUUACACGGUCCUGAAAUGUAAAGGGUACCCUGUACUUUCCAACCUGCACCUUUAGCAGCAUUCAAGAGUGCGACAAGCGUGCAACCAACCAAGUAUUUUGCUCAGACGAGUAAGUCUUGUGAUUAGUACAUGACGUAAACUUAAACGCCGCUGAGGAAGCAGAAGAUUGGAUAUAGCGGUUCGGUCUCGCCUUAAUUUUAGCCAAAUUGCACUGUUACACAACACAAAAAGUAGUAUAAUUA